GAGAGUAACAGUAACUCAUAAUUAAUCCUCCGGUUUGGGACAACAACGUCGGAUUGAUUACAUGUGGAUAUUCAUUUUUUCCUAAUUGAGAAAUUGUGGGAUGAAAACGAGUGUUCUGCCUACACUAAGCCGAAAAAUGAUUAGCUUCAGCUGUUCAAUACCAGGCGUACCUAGAUCUUACAUCGACGGUGUCGAAUCCUGAACAAUCUUGAAAUAUUUCCUUCUCUUAUUCUCUCAGGCAGAAUAGGCAGAAUAUGCUAGCAUCAUCUCGACUGAACACAUAGUCUGAGCGACGAGAUAUAAGUUCCGACGACCAUCCUCAAGAGAAAAUCACACACAUUCAUUUGGUCCAUCAUUCGUUCAUUCACCAUCUAUAUACACGAUCACAGACAACGAGAAGGAGCAAAGCGAUCCUCGAACCCUUUGAAAAUGCCAGAUUAUCCAGGUCUUGGCCUUCCCUUGCGUUAUGAUCGACAGAAACUGUCCAACCAAAGUAGUCACUAUCCGAUUGCUGCCCAUGAUGGCUGUUGGGGCGCAAUUUCGAAAUUAAUCUAUGUCCGAGAGCUUGCCAUGAUGAGCAUUAUGGAUGGUCUCACGGAUAAGGAAGAUUGGCACACGAAAGUCUUCAACGAAGAAAUUGUGUCCAAGUGGCGUGCAGAAGCUCUAGCCAUUCCAGAUGAACAAUUCUGGAUGAUAGCAAUUCGUGACAAACAACAAACUCGAAACAACCACGGCAAGAUUAGCACGAAUCAUGAUAACAUUGACAGACGUUUAGAGGGUAUCAUGAACGCUAGUACUUUUGACUGUUGCAUCGAGGAACUUCGAAGUAAAGCCAAGUAUUAUGAGAGGACCGGUGUCAUUCCAACUCUUGAUGCCUGCGCAUCUGUUGCCAAAUCGGAUCAUUUAGUCUCUGCGGAUCUCCAUAAUUCUUUGUGCGAAGCUUUUGAUACGCUCAAGAGUGAUCAAUCUUCAUCGCUUGAUUGGCAUCCCAACUCAGAUGACAUGGUUCAAGACCUUGUACACCCUUCAAUGUACCCUUUAGUCCACGGUCGUAGUCGAAUCAUGAAGGAUGAAGCCGUUGGAGUCAAUGAUGCCAUCGAGAAAUGGGCAGGAAAAGGCGAAAUCAUCCCAUUGGGAGCGGAAAUACACAGGGGGACGAGAAAUACCACCUGGGGGUACCAAGGAUCCGAUUCAGGACGUUAUCAUUAUUGGUCAAACAAGUAUCAAUGGUUGCCUGCAAACAUGGCUUUCCAAGAAGAUGGAACAGUCAAAUUUACCAGCUACAUUAACAACAUUCAUCCAACCAGAUACCCCGAGAUUUAUCGCACAAUUGAAAAGUUGGUCGAGACCACUCUCCCUUUAUGGGAUCAAUGUCUUGCUCUUAAUAUCGACUACAAUACAAAGCAUGGUGCAGGAAGACUGCACCCUCGGUUCCCAUACCCUGAAGACCCAGACGAUGAAAAUACGGAGCAUUGGAAUCCUUCGGGUCCUGAGCCAGUAUUUGGCCAAAAGAAAUCGAGUCUCAAGACUAGUGAUAAGGAUGAGAUAGAUAUCGAGGGUACUGACAAUGAAAUGGAAGAGGAAGAGGAAGAGGAAGAUGCUGAAGAAGAAUGGAAGGAGAUACGCAAACCCGUUAUUCCAGAGCCUUUUUUCCAGGAUAUCGAUUAUUCAAUCAAGCUCCGCCUUGCACAUCAAUUUCACGAGUCCGGUCUUCAAAUCAUUAUUAAGAUGGCAUCCAUUGAGCUUACUCCGGAAAAGCCUGAAUUUCCGGCGGGUAGUUGGCAUAUCGAGGGACAAAUGAAUGAGCACAUUGCCGGUACUGCGCUCUACUACCUUGAUAGUGAGAAUAUUACUUCGAGCGACCUCUCAUUCCGUAUGCAGACAAGGGAAGAUAUAAACAAUGAUCUCGAAACUGGACAGGAUUCCUAUUCUUGGCUAGAGCAGGUUUUUGGAACAAAUCUGGGACAAGGAAAUUCCCCGUGUCUUCAAAAUUAUGGCAGCGUUGAAACACGUCAGGGAAGACUACUUGCUUUCCCAAACGUCUUUCAACAUAAAGUUUCGUCUUUUCGCUUAGAAGAUCCUACCAAACCAGGCCAUCGACGGUUCAUUGCCUUAUGGCUCGUAGACCCAACCUUGCGUGUCAUUUCUACCGCCAACGUUCCACCGCAGCAACUUGACUGGUGGGCUGACUCUGUAUUUGGAAACACUCCCGAGGCUCGUAGAGCAGCUAUGUCGAAACUUCCUGCAGAGUUAGUAAUGCUUUUGAAAGAGAGUGGCUUAAACACAGAUACUUCGACCAAAGACAUGAAAUUCUCCCCGGAGCUGAUGGAAAUGGUGCGAGAAUACUUUAAUGACAAUGAUAAUCCAUUGCUUAUGGGAAUUGAAGAGGCCAAGGAGCAUAGACUCAAGCUGAUGGAGGAACGUGGCGCAUUUGUGACAACAACUGGAGAGGCAUGGCAUAAUACAGGUUAUAAUUUCUGCGAACAUUGAGUUGAUUGCCGAUUUCCCAAUAUGAGGUUUGAGGGAAAUCAUUUUGCUUUAGUUGACAAACGGUUUCCAUAGUGUCAAGAAGCAGUUUAUAAUGAAAUGUAUGGAUGGGGUUGGAACAAAACAUUUAGCUCUUUGAUUGAGUUAAAAUUCCCUCGGUCAGUUUUGAAUGUUUAGCGGGUUGUCGAAAUCGUUCCAGCUUCUUAAUGGCAUGAGUUUCCAGUUUCAAAAGUACCUAUUCACUUCCAAAAAAUGAAAAAAUUUACAUGCACAAAGCAAUGUAGUGUCAGGGUCAGGGUCUGGAUAUGUGAUGCUCGAUGCGGGGAUCCCCUUUCGUGUUCAAUUGCGAUUGGCAAGUGAAAAUUGGAUAAGAGUCCCAUGAUGUAGUAGGACUAUCCCUUCUCUUUUAUGAAUAUUAUAUUCGAGUUUUCCAACGGCCCUACAGUUUUCAAAGAGUUCCUAAAAAGAUAAAGUCUGAGUUUGGCAUUUUAUUGCACAAGUAGUUGUGAGAUUGUGAUGAAGUAAGUCAAGAUACCCUACCGUGUGAGACGCAUGCAGGUUUCAAGAACAACCUGAUGAGAUUAUUUCCUUGGCAAUAUCCAGUACUACAUAUGCGUGACA